UAUCGCGGCAUGACAAUCGAAAAAAGCCAGCAUGGCUGGUUUGUUUACAUUUUUAGAAUUUACAAGUUUGCUAAUAAAAAUUUUCUUUUCAGGUAUUUCGCGGCUUUCUGCCAACAGGAUUUGGAGUUGCCGCAUCCACAGGAAGACGUCCAGUGUUGAUGGAGGUGUACCAGCCAGCGGAGUCGGCGGAGGGUGGUUGUUGCAGCACGUGUCAGCCUCAUUCAAAGCCUCUGGAGAGUCCGGAUUAAUGUGGUUGGAUACAGCCAGCUGUAGAUUAGCGACGCCAACUUCAGGAGAGUCCACCGUCGGUUGUUGGCUAAUUUGCCACCGAGUUUGCUGUGAAUACUGGAUGCACACUGACCCCAAGGGAGCAGUGGCAGAAGGAGCUGGUCCAGCUGGAUGUGAUAAGGACUCAUGAGAGCAGGAGGCGCUAAUC